AUGGAGGGGACGGCGCCAAAACGACGCAAGACGUCACCUACCAGCAAUGUUCCUACAGGCGCAAAUGCGUCCUCGUCUUCCGAUUCCGAUGGGUCAGUCAGGCGGUCUGCUAGACGACGACGUCCCUCUUUCGCAUCACCCACAAAGGCCAGCCUCGCGCGCGCAAAUCCCGACAUCCUGGAACGAAGAGACGCCGCCCGAAGCCAGCGCUCUACUAGUAGCAAUGCGCCACCAGCUGCUUCGGAGCCCGGCAGUGCAGCCAGCAAUCCUGGGAGCGAUUCAAACGUCGUCGCGACUCAAGUGGAAGCCGAGCCAGAGUUCGGACGACCCGAGGAUGACGGGGCAGGAGGCAGACGGACCGCGCGACAGACAUCGGUAAACCAACCGAGAAGCCCGGUGCGACGCGUCGAGGGAGGACUGGCGUCGCAACCUCGAAGAACGCCCAACAAGCCCUCGCCAAGGCCAUUACCACCGCCCUCGGCGGAGGAGGAAGAAUUGAUCGACCCAUUCAAGGGCCGAAGACUGCGACGCUCACCUCCGCCCGGGGUCCUCCCGCCCGUUGUCCCCGAAGAGCCAGAUCUUCCGCCCACGCCCACCCAGAAGGGUCUCGCCGAUCCUUCCUCUAUCAACACAUCACCGGUCGGAAUCCACAACACACCUUCGAAGCGUCCUAGGAGGAGUCGAGUGUUGGCAGAAAGGAUGAAAAGCUCACCUUUAAAACAGCCACCUCUGCGUCCGCCCGAGUUCCUCAAGGAAAGCGUAGAAAUCACAAACAUAGCCAGGAGCGAACCCAGACGCCAGAAAAAGAGGCGAAAGUCACACCCGGCUCGGAACGUACCAGAAAUCGACCCGCUAGCAGAUAAGAAAGCAUUGCGGGAUGCUCUAGUCGCCGAGGUCGCACAGCUGGAACGUGAUCUUGCAUUCGCGGCUCGUGAGAACAACCGCUUGUAUGAUUUACAACAGUCAAGCCGCAGCUCGUCAAAUGUCCCAGGGCCAGCUGAUGAAGACCUGUUGGAUCUCCUGCGCUGCCAUGCACUCCCACCAGCAAAAGAGGCGCCCCCUGGCCCGAUGGAGGAUUGGCUCAAGGCAGCGCUAGACCCCGUCUCGUUUCUCCCGUUCGGCCAAGCCAAGGCCACACUUCCGCUCGUGUUUACUGCGCAGCGAGAGACCGAGGAAGCGCCUCCGGAUUCACACCAUCCUAUCUCCAUUACCGCAGAGGAAGAGCUUCCGUACUUGCAAGUCUUCACGCCACUUGUUUUCACCUCAACCGUGUCUACCGCGCCUCGAGAAGACGAAGAGAGCGCAGGCCCGCUCAUGCAGAGACACGCUAUCUCGGUUUCGUCAUCACCGCCUGGCCUGUUUGCGGCCACUAUCGAUAUGACAGUCAGCACCAAGACGUGGUCGAUAGCUAGGUUAAGCGUGCCGCGCCUUGAUCCAGCUGCCGUCGGCGAACUGGGCCCUUUCGUGGAGAAGGUCGUCCAAGGCGGCGGCGGCAACAGCGCUCUCACGCGGAACCUGAGCAUCGUCACCUGGGCCAUGAGCGGGUGGGUGCGUCUCGCGACAAGACGAGCACGUUUCUGGUGUGCGGUGGAGAGAGAUCUUGGAACCAUGGACGGAGUCACUAAGUGCGCCAAGGCCAUGAGACAAGGAGUCCGAAGGAGGCGCCCGAGCCGACGGCCUGAGGUGGUGGACGGGGAUGACGACGAUGAGCUCGACGACGAUGAAUCUGAAGCCGACAGGAAGGGGGGCUACAGUAAGGCCGACUUGCUCCCGCAGCUUGCGAGGACCAGCCUCGAUCUGGAGUUGCCCAGCUCAAACGGUGAUGGUAACAAUGAGGCGCCGACGGCUCGUAUCCAGUGGCGCAUCGAGUUCGACUGGACGGGAGAAGCCCAGAGCAAAAUUGGGCUUCUCGUUGGUGCUCCGACGCGGUGGCAUGGCAAUGACGAGAAACGAAGUCUGACUAGUAUCCCGGACAUGUUCGACAAGCUGGUCCAGGAAAUCAAGGAUCCUAUGGAGGCUGUGAAGACGGUUGUUGCUUUGAUGGUCGGCGAGGGGAAGCAUUGA